AUGUCUCAACCGGAGUCGGUUCAAAAUGGGAUUAACCACGCCGAUAUGGUAGAACCUUCUACGAAAUUGCAAAGAGGCAUUAAAUCUUCCAAAUUACGAAAGAGUUUGAUUAAACGUUUCGGUUACGAUAAGCAUAUCCACCAGAUUCACUCGUUGGAGGAUUCGUUCGUCGAUUUCUGUGGAAGCAGUUCGAUCCAUGGGGUUCGAUAUAUCGGUUGUCGAGAUAAUUCAUAUGCUGAGAAGUUAAUUUGGACUGUGAUCUUUUUGACAACAUUGUACUUUGCCGGAACGAACAUCAUCGAAGCGUGGAUUAAGUGGGAGAAAAAUCCUGUUAAGAUAGUACCUUCAGAUGGGAUCACAUAUAGUUGGGAGAUUCCCUUUCCAGCCGUUACGAUCUGCCCUCAAACAAAGUCUAAACGAACAAUGUUUGAAAUUGGAAAAGCUUAUCGGGAAACCGGUGGAAAUCUCGAUAAAUUUGAUGACCAUUUGAAGGGACUGCUACAGCUGUGUGAUGCUCCCUGUUUGUAUAAUGUGAACUAUUCAAGUCCAGCGAAUGCACGAAUCGUUCGUAUGAUGCACGAGAUAGCACCCCAGUUGAGUGAUAUCUGUGAAAGCAUCACUUGGGACUUGGAUAAGAUGAACUGUACUGGAAUGUUCCAGAAGAUUUUAACCGAAGACGGUAUAUGCUACAGUUUCAAUCCGAUUUCCGCGAAGGAAAUGUUUCGCGAUGAUCGCCUCCAUCGACGCUACAGUCAUAGCGAAGCGUCGAUUCCAAUUCAAAACUGGAUUCCGGAAGUCGGCUACGGAUCGGUCGAUGCCGAAAUGGAGUAUCCGAGACGGUCGUUCCUGGAUGAUAAGAAAAUUGAUCUGGUGAUCAAUUUACGCUUAGAUCAAAACGAUUACGAUUACAAUUGUCGAACGGAGCAGGGUUUCAUGGUAUAUGUACACUCGCCGGAGGAUUUCCCGCAGGCCAACUAUCGGGCAAUCUACGUUCCAAUGGGGAAAAGUACCUACAUCACGGUGAAGGCGACGAUAACGGAACUUUCCAACAAAUUGCAAGGGUUUACACCUGAACGGAGGAAAUGCUUCAAGGCUGGUGAAAAACAACUGGAGUUCUUCCGAGUAUACACACAGAAAAACUGCGAGCUGGAGUGCCGAGCACGGGAGCAACUGUUCACGGAAGGUUGUGUCAACUUUGCUCUACCCCAUGACGAGGAGGACAAAAUUUGUAACGUACGCAAGGUGCACUGCACGGCGGAUGGCAGUAGAAGUCGCGAAAGAAAGAUCCGACCCCAGCGGAGUUCCGGCAAAAAAAGUUGCCAAUGUCUACCGACUUGCACUUAUCUCAAGUAUGAAUCGGAGAUGCUUCAAACCGACCUGGACUACUGGAGCAUCCGAAACGAACGACGGAAAUCUUCCAAUAUUUCAUACACCCAGAUUAGCGUUCACUACAACAAGGAAAAGUUUCCGACUUUCGAAAGAACAGAUUCCUACACACUGACCGAGCUAUUGGGAACCUUCGGUGGUUUGCUGGGACUUUUCAUGGGAGUGUCACUGCUGAGCUUCGUGGAAAUCGUUUACUUCUGCACUCUACGGCCAUUCUGUGUUUGGAGACGAAAAAAUCGCAAACUAAAACUACAGCAAGCAAAAUUUUCCUCAGAUGAGCCUGCCUCCUAA